UGCACACAUUCCGUUACACUAACGUUGAAGGAAGCACAGCAGAACAAUGGAUCGACGUAAACAAGACCUACCCAUACGAUCGCGCAUAUGAUCGCGGGGGACGAAGCAACGAGAGAGCGCUCGACGAAUCGCCGAGGACCAGCCACCAGAUGAAGGAGUAUCAGCCACGCGGUCAGGCGCCACCGCCCCAGCAACGCAACACCGCCCCGCCGCCGCUGCGUCUGCCAGUCGACAAUGAUGUGUACGCGCCGGAACCGGUGGAGGAACCGGAAGUCGCGCAGCCGAACUAUUACGUCAUCGUCGUGUUUGUCGUGGAGCUGCUGCUGCUUGGUGGAGUCUGCGCGCUCGCCUGCAUCCUCAGGUUCACAGACAAAUUUACGCUCAGAAGUACCACGUUCAGCUGUUUCGACACUGCUUUAAUGAGUCCAUAUAUUAUACCCGAUGACUCUAAUAUUUACAUACCUGACUUAGUUUUAUAUUUGGUGGGCUUUUUACUACCUCCCGUCUUGAUCGUCACAGCAGAGCUGUUUAUCAUGUGGGCUUCCACGAUGCCGCAGAAGACAAUACACGUGUUCUCACCAGAGUGCAAUCUGCCGCAAGUGGUACGCCGCAUUAUAAGAAACGUUGGCAUGUUCUUGCUCGGAGCGCUAGUGACGGCAAUAUUGACAGACAUGUUGAAAGUGACUAUCGUACGUCCGCGCCCAUACUUUCUCUCCGUUUGCGAACCAGCAAACUGCGUCAGUGGCAGCGGCAAUUACACGAUGUGCAAAGAUGACGUAGACGCCGAUUUGCUGAGGGAGGCAAGAAUGUCAUUUCCGUCGUUCUGGGCCGCAUUUUCCAUGUACUGCGCCAUCUUUGCAUCGAUAUACGUACACAGCGUGAUGGCGGUGCACGGCGUGCGGCUGCUGCGUCCCAUCGUCGUCUUCGCUCUCUUCAGCCUCUCUCUAAUGUGCGGUGUCGUCAGACUGCAGGAUCAUCGUAACUACCCUGGCGACGUCGCCGCCGGCUUUCUGCUGGGAUUCUUCGUCGCGCUGUACCUGGGUUACUUCUGCCUCGACUGCUUCAAGGAAAACCACAAGCAUCGCCUUCUGGAAGCCAUCGAAGACAAACGCGACGACGACGACGACGGCGAUGUCGAAACCAACGCCAAGCACGCGUCGGUGCUGGCGAAUACGCACGCUGAGUACGAGGACGUGUUGCCGGCCGACGACAAGCGGCAAUCGGCCGAUGCCCGCUACGAGCAAAUGCGCGCCCCCUACCAAUCAUCGCAGCCGGAAUACUCGCGCGGGUCGAGCCGACAGGAGUACGACAACUACGGCGGCGACGUCGGCUACAAGCAGGAUGCGCGCUACUUCUGAGAAGCAAAGAUGGCGACGGCGGAGUCGCGCGCGUGCGAGCGCCAACGCACGAUGGGUCACGUUGCAAUGGUCGGUAAUCGUGUUGCGAGAAGAUGUCAUACUGUAAGCGCGUGGAAUUGUUAGUGGGAGUCGCGUAUGAAAUGCAGAGCGAGCAGAGACACAUGAUGGAAUAGCUAGUAUCGUAUAAUAUAAACUAUAUACGCGUAGACGAUGCGCACGCAGCGCACGCAAGCUUGCACGAGGCGCAUGCCUGGUCUAAUAAAUAUCUAAGUAUUCAUUCAUAUUUGUGUGAACAGCAAGGUAGACGAAUCACAUUAUCGAAACAGACUCAACGCUUCUUAGAAAUCAAUACCCGUAAAUAGUAUGUAGAAUACUGAUAAAAAAAGGAGCCUACGAAAAUGCUUAAUUUAUUAUGUAAUCAGAAAAAACGGAAGAUUUUCCGGGUAGAAUUACGUAAAACUGCUUUAUUAUAAUAUUGACCAUAUAAAGCACAACGCCUGACGUCAUAUUAUGUUAUAAUAUUAUGAAUUAACGAUGUUUAAACUAUUGCCGUUGAUCGCACAUAGUGUUGGUAAGACGAAUAACUCAUUACAUGCGAUGCUCAUUUACGAAAGAUUAUGAUAAAAACACCAACUCUAUCAGAAAAACAACAGUAUUGCCCCUUAGGAGCGUCAUAUUGCCACAUAGUA